AUGUAUGUGAAAUGCUUUGAUACAGUAAUGUUUUACUAUGUGAUUUUAGUGUACUUAGUUAAUGUCACUUUUUGGCAUUUUUAAAUUUCCCGUCGUUCCGUCCCCCGUACGUCCUGACAUUGCAGGGAACGGAACCCGGAAGACAGAUGCUAGCAUCGGCCAGAGGACAUGGCCAGGAACACUGCAGGAGGGACAUCGUGGGAGCGCAGGACAAGGUAAGUGCAGAAGGGAUCCUGGAGCAACACUGCAAGGUAUUCCCGCGUGUAGCUCGGGGUUACCGCUUGUGCUACACUCGGGAAUACCUCCAGGGAGGUUA